AUGAGCGAAAUCGGUAGCUCCAGUGCAUAUAUGGACGAUUCGGCGAGCUUCGAAUCAUUUCAGCUCGAUCCAAGACUGUUACAAGCGAUAAAAUACCAUGGAUUCGAAAAACCUACACUAAUCCAGUCUAGCGCAAUUCCGCUCGCCUUGGAACAAAAAAGAGAUGUCAUUGCCAAAGCCGCCACUGGGUCUGGUAAAACGCUCGCGUAUCUCAUUCCCGUGAUUCAGACGAUCCUGCAAUUCAAGCAGACACAGCCUGGUGAGUCUGCAGGUCCCAAGACGCUGGGCAUCAUUCUAGUUCCUACAAGAGAACUGGCACAGCAGGUGCAAAAUGUGCUAACAAAACUGGUUUUAUACUGCUCGAAAGACGUCCACACUUUGAAUUUGUCGUCGCAACUGGCGGACAACGUGCUUACGUCUCUUCUGCUUGACGGGCCGGAGGUGUUGAUCUCAACCCCCUCCAGACUCCUCAAAGUGCUUGAAACGAAAUCUAAUGUGCUAGCCAUGGAAGACUUGAAGUUUCUAGUCAUCGACGAGGUCGAUCUAGUUUUGACAUUUGGCUACCAAGAAGACCUAAAUCAGAUAUCUGGCUAUCUACCUCUAAAGAAGAACCUACAAACAUUUUUAAUGAGUGCAACCCUGAACGAGGACAUCCAGGAUUUGAAAACACGAUUCUGUCGCUCGCCAGCCAUUCUGAAACUCAAUGAAGAAGAAAUCAGCAAGGACCAAAGCAAGCUGCUCCAGUAUUACGUCAAGGUCAGCGAAUUCGACAAGUUUUUGCUGUGCUACGUCAUCUUCAAACUGGGUCUGAUCAAAGGAAAGACGCUGAUCUUCGUGAACAACAUAGACAGGGGCUACAGGCUGAAAUUGGUUCUUGAACAGUUCGGUAUCAGAUCCUGCAUUUUGAACAGCGAGUUACCAGCAAAUUCUAGGCAGCACAUUGUGGAAGAGUUCAACAAGAACGUUUACCAGCUCCUCAUUGCCACUGAUGACACGGAGUAUAUCAGGGAGGAGGAAGAGGAGGAAGAGGAACAGAAAAUAAGUGAUACAGAGAGCUCAGAACAAACCGCCUCCAAUACUUCUGCGAACGAAACCAAGAAAAGCGGGUCGCGCGUAAAGAAGGAUAGGGAUUACGGUGUGUCCAGAGGUGUAGAUUUCCAAAAUGUCGCGUGCGUUUUAAACUUUGACUUGCCCACUACUGCGAAAUCGUAUGUUCACAGAAUUGGUAGAACUGCUCGUGCCGGAAAGUCCGGUGCCGCAAUUUCAUUUGUGGUCCCACUCAAAGAGUUUGGGAAGCACAAGCCUUCAAUGUGCACAACCGCGAAAAGAGACGAAAAGAUCCUUUCGAGGAUCAUAAAGCAGCAAAGCAAGCUAGGUUUUGAGAUUCUGCCCUAUUCAUUUGAUUUAAAGCAGGUAGAAGGAUUCCGGUACAGAAUGGAGGACGGGUUCCGUGCCGUUACUCAAGUUGCAGUGAGAGAAGCUCGUGUCAAGGAGCUGAAGCAGGAGAUUCUUACAAGUGACAAACUGAAAAGACAUUUCGAAGAAAACCCGCAGGAUUUGCAAAGUUUGAGACAUGACAAAGAGCUGCACCCUGCGAGAGUCCAACAGCAUUUGAAGAGGGUACCGGACUAUCUGCUUCCAGAAGCCGCAAGACAAGACAAAAAGAAGAUCGGCUUCGUUCCUUUUCACACUGCCAAGAGUCUGAAGCGCAAGAAUAAGGUAUACAAAAAGGGCAACAAGAGAGGCGGGAAAUCUGACCCGCUCAAGAACUUUAAAUAG